GGGCGGGGCUGUGAGGAGGCCGCGGAUAGACAGAGCGACCCCGCUGGGAUGGGGGGUGUGGCUGCUCCGUCUGGGUCUAGCGGGUGGAAGCGGGGCUCCGAGACCACCAGUGUCCGGAGCCUCUUCGCCUUAUGCUAGAGAUGCUUUUCCUCUCGUUUCAUGCAGGCUCCUGGAAAGCUGGUGCUGCUGCUGUCUGAUUCCAGCCGACAGACCUUGGGACGGGGGCCGGCGCUGGCGGCUAGAGAUGGCGGACAGGAGAUCCGUGCAUGAAACCCGAUUUGAGGCGGCGGUGAAGGUGAUCCAGAGUUUGCCGAAAAAUGGUUCAUUUCAGCCAACAAAUGAAAUGAUGCUCAAGUUCUAUAGCUUCUACAAGCAAGCAACCGAAGGACCCUGUAAACACUCAAGGCCUGCAUUCUGGGAUCCUAUUGGAAGAUAUAAAUGGGAUGCUUGGAGUUCAUUGGGUGAUAUGACCAAAGAGGAAGCCAUGAUUGCAUAUGUUGAAGAAAUGAAAAAGAUUCUUGAAACUAUGCCGAUGACUGAGAAAGUUGAAGAAUUGCUCCAUGUCAUAGGCCCAUUUUAUGAAAUUGUAGAGGACAAAAAGAGUGGCAGAAGUUCUGAUUUAACUUCAGUCCGACUGGAGAAAAUCUCUAAAUACUUAGAAGAUCUUGGUAAUGUUCUAACUUCUACUCCAAAUGCCAAAACUGUUAAUGGUAAAGCUGAAAGCAGUGAUAGUGGAGCUGAGUCUGAGGAAGAAGAGGCCCAAGAAGAAGUGAAAGAAGCAGAACGAAGUGAUAAUGAUAAGAAAAUGGUGAAGAAAUCCACAGACCAUGAGAAUUUGGAAAUCGUUGUGACUAAUGGCUAUGAUGAAGACAGACUUGUUCAGGAUGUACAGUGUGAUAUUCAUGCCAGUUCUUCCCCAAGUGGCAGCAGUGCUGAAGAAAUAAAAUCUGUAGAUCCAAACUUGGACCAAACUGAAAAAACUGCUGUCUGCACUCAUCAAGAUAUAAAUGAUGAUCAUGUUGAAGAUGUUUCAGGAAUUCAGCAUUUGACAAGUGAUUCAGACAGUGAAGUUUACUGUGAUUCCAUGGAGCAAUUUGGACAAGAAGAGUCUUUAGACAGCUUUACAUCAAACAAUGGACCAUUUCGAUAUUACUUGGGUAGUGAUCCCAAUCAGCCCUUGGAAAAUUGUGGUUUUCCUGAAGAUAUUCGGGUACCUCCUGGGAAUGGCAUUGUCGGGGAUGUGCAGGUGGUAGCAGUCAAAGGAAAAGGUGAAAUAAAGCAUGGAGGAGAAGAUGGCAGGAGUGACAGUGGGGCCCCACACCGAGAGAAACGAGGCGGAGAAAAUGAGGAAUUCUCCAAUGUCAAAAGAGGGAGAGGGCAAAGGAUGCAACAUUUGAGCGAAGGAACCAAGGGUUGGCAAGUGGGAAGUGGAGGUGACGGGGAACGCUGGGGUUCCGACCGAGGGACGCGAGGCAGCCUCAACGAGCAGAUCGCUCUCGUGCUCUUGCGACUGCAGGAGGACAUGCAGAAUGUCCUGCAGAGACUUCACAAACUGGAAACGCUAACGGCCUCCCAGGCAAAAUCAUCAACAUUACAGUCUCCAGUACAGAGACCAUCUUGGUGGCCCUUCGAGAUGUCUCCUGGUGCAUUAACUUUUGCUAUCAUAUGGCCUUUUAUUGCCCAAUGGUUGGUGCAUUUAUAUUAUCAAAGAAGGAGAAGGAAAUUGGUUUUUACUUUCUUUUUAAAGAAAACUGAACUGAAGAAAAUGCUAUUUUACUCAAGAAGACUACUGGGCUGGAUGACCUCAGAAUGAAAUGGAUUGUGGAGCUCACAAGAAAAUCUUAGUUUGUGAUGAUUACAUUUCCUUUUGUUGUCCAGUAGUUUGGUUUGCGUACAUAUAUACAUAUAUAUUUUGCACUACACAAAUGAUAACAUUUUAAGGACUAAUAUUGCUGAUACUUGAAUAAUCUCGACUAGGCUAUAAAUAGCAUACAUAGAUUUACCUUACCCUUGAACUUGAAGGACAGUAAAUUAUUGAUUAUUGUUUGGUAACAUGUUUACCUGAUUAUCUCCCAUAGAGAAAUAUAAGUUACUUAGGUACAGUUGUGAUAAUGAGAUCAGAUUUAUAACUGGGUAUUUUUAAUUUUCUAAAUUAAAUGUGAGAAAGAAUACAAACCAGGAAUUAAUUUCAAAUGAGAUUAAAUUGGCUUUAUAUGUUAGUCACUGAAUUGCCAUGCCAAGGAGUAGAAAACUGCUGGUAGAAUCUUCUCCACAUUCACUCUGUGGGCUGCCCAUAAUCUUUGUUGGGCGUUCAGAGCUCUGAUUUUAAUGUUCAGACAUCAUUAUUAUAAAGUAGAGCCCUAAAUACGAGGCUUAGUUUUUACAAAUGAUUCACAGAGUGGGCAUAACCUGCUGAUGCAAAUGAUGAAGAAUUAAGUAGGUUUGAAAGUUUAUUCUGAGCCUGCAGAUCAUUAAUAAGAUUUUUAUUCAAUCCUUUACAUUUAUUCCUUUGUAAUAAUUUGUCUUUAACUGGGGAUAUCUUGUUUCUGCUUCAUAGGGUGCUUUGAACUAUAACAUGAAAAAACUUAUUUAUACUGUUUUUACAAAGGUCAAAAAGGAAACAUGAAAAUCACUUUUCUGUAACUGGUAAACUACACAGACUAGAUUCUUAACCUCUUUAGUGCCUGUUUUUCCUUCGGAGUAUAAUAUUUGAAAAAUAUCUAUUUCACUGGGGUAGUCUCAAAGGAUUUGCAAGCUAGCAGGCUAUGUGCUUCUAUAUAAGGCAUACCCAACUAAUGUAAAUGUAAGUGUCUCUCCCCACCUCCCACAUUCAAACUAAAAAUAGAAGACUGUUAUUUAGAUCCUUGAAGGCUUUAUUUGGAAUUAUUCUUCCGGUAUACCUUCUAAAACUCCCUGCUCAUUUAGAUGUACCUUGUACUUUAAAGAUUUCUCUGAUUCACAGGCUUAUAGCAAAUACUUUUUAAGCAUUCUUGGUAUGUAUGAUAUUGGGUUUAGUAUCAUAUGUUCAGAGCGUUUUCGAUAGGAAAAAGUAAUCGACCCCUAGUAUAGAGAGUGGUUCUUUGUUUGCCUAGAGAAAAAACUAUAAGAAUGCAAUUUGCUUUUCCCAAGACUCUUUUCUUCCUUAUUUUUUUCUUUUAUGUAACAUGUUUUUUUAUUUUUUAAUCCCAUCUUAAUUAAAAUGUCUGUCUAAAGGGAUCUACUGAUAUUUGCUUUUUAAAACUCUCCUUUAUGUAUUUAGGAAUAAAAAUGAAACGACUGAAUUAUAUGUAAAAAAUAAAGUUUAAACCUGUGGAUCAGGUAUUAUUUUAAAAAAUUAGAUAUUGGGUAUCAGAAAAUGGUGGGAAAUAAAAUGCAGAUUAAGAAUGUAAGCAGUUGUGAUUCAUUACAAGUAGUCGGAGGUAACUAACUCUGAGGGAUAACCAUUUGUAUCCUAUUCCAAAGUUUUAUUUUAUAGUUUGAAAAGCACUUUACAUACAGUUCCUAUAUCUACAAGUAAAGAUGUAAGUUAAUAUAUACUGUUACUGCUUUGUUUAACAAGAACCUCACUUAAAAUUUUAAAUCAACAACUAUGGUAUUUUUUUAAUGAUCUUCUUUUCUGUUUCUUUAUUGU